AUAGAACCAGCGCAAGCACGUGGACAGUGCGUUUGGAUCAAGUGCAUCCAGAGUGGUCGCCCGUCUGUUUUUCUCCCAUGCUGUAUUCCCGCUCAUUUCAUUCCCAGGGGGAUAGGACCAGCGCCAGCACGUGGACAGUGCAUUUGGAUCGGGUGCAUUCGGAGUGGUCACCCGUGCUUCGCUAUACAGACUACGUGCUUUUUGGCAUUGGCCCAUGGUACACUAUUGCGGAUCCAAAGAAGCGGCACUACAUGGUUGGCAACAAGGAGCGGCCCAACAUGCACCACCUAACCGCCAUGCAGACAGCCCUCCACACGGUCGCUCGCUUCACCCGCAGCAUCAACUACUCGGGCAUGCCCAUGCUGCUCACCUACUCCCCCGUGCACAACCACGUGCGCGUCAACAGUACCGCGCCGGAGCUCGGCUGUAGCUCGUUCAUGCGGCCGGUGGCGGCUGAUGCCCUGCAAGGCGCAGAGUGGGCUACAGACGCCCGGGAGGCACGAAACGCACAGAUCGAGGUGAUGCAGCAAGCAAAGGAGUUCAAAGUGUUGGAUGUGACGGCAUUGUCGGCUUUUCGACCGGAUGGGCAUCUGCAAAACCAUUGCGAAUCUAAGAAGGCUGUAGAUUGCUUGCAUUGGUGUAUACCUGGCAUACCAGACACGUGGUCCGAUAUUAUAUAUUCCUAUGUUAUGGAGUAUAUGUGAGAAGCCGGAUUGCAGUAAACUACAUCAUUUAUGAUAUGAUCCAUUUGCAAGCACCACAAUAGCAGUAUUUGCAUGAGGCUAUUCUAUGUGCCGUGUUGGGUUGGGCCUUACUGGGUGAUUCUGCAACAAGUACUAUCCAUCCAGGUGCUACACAAUGAACAUAAAAACGUAUG